AAAAUUAUGUUAGAGCUCCAGUUACAACUGCCUUAUUAAGCUCCGAUAACUUCAUGAGUGGAUGUUCUACAUCAAUUUAUUCUCGUCUGUAAAGCUUUGCUUUGGUUCACAGGGUUACAGACACAAAAACAAGGAAAACCCCCUUGAGAGGACAGGUGGGAGAAAGAGAGAGUGUAUAUCAGGGAGGUCCUUUUUAGUGAGGUCUGUGCUUGAGUGGUUCCCAUGCCAACGGUGAGUGGAUCGGUGUUUGGAGCAUGCUCAGUGCGGAGCUGGCGGCUGUAACAAUAGCUGAGAGAGCUAAAGCAGCUCACAUGCCGCUAUCACAUCAGAGUGGAAUAGACUGCUGCGUGCGCACUGCUGAUUCUGCUGACACGCUCUGCCUUCUCAUCCCCUACCUGACGUUUCUGCUUGAGAAAGAGCUGCCUGUGCUUGAGGUCUCAGCAGUCUGGGGUUGUGGAUGGUUUGUCUACCUUUAAUCCAAACCAAAAGAGAUUCUGUUGGCUCAGAGCCUGUGAAUGAGAGCCUAAAGCAAGCCGAGUAAAGGUGCACACACAGAGUUGAUUAAAAUGGGGGCUGUGAUCCCGAUGCUCCUUUCUGGAAUAUGGCAGCUUUUUCUGUGGCCAUGCCGGAUGUGAAAGCCCCACAAUGUGAGUACUCCCCAGCAGGCUCUCCUGCAGGCUGUAGCAUGGACUUGUCCAUGGACCUGUCCGUCCUCAGCUCCCCACUGUCUGCUUUCCCUCAUCAUGGUGUGCCCGCCUUCCCUGCCCAGGAUGUAGCUCCGGGCCACUGCAACAACAACAAUGGCCUGCUCAGCAACCUGGGGGUCUACUGCUCCACCAGCAGUAUGCAUCCCCUUAAACAGCCCGAAGGCCAGCCUGGCUACGGGGCGAUGCGCUUUCCACAGGGCUGUGUGAACACCGGCGGCACCCGGCUUUACCGCAGCCUGGAAAACCUGCACUGGGCUGCUGUGUCUGAUCCCAAUGCGUAUCCUUACAAAAUCAUGGACAGUGAGUUUAUACUUCACUGCACUUCAAGCAGCCACUGGUACGAUGAACCUCCUCAGGGACCGCAGGUUUAUGGCUUAAUGCCUUCCCAUGAUGGCAUGGCGAUCUACGGCCGCCGAGGAGUGGUGAGGAAAGAUAUACCGCUCUUCCCACAAUGGCUUUUACCUGCGGUUGAGGACUGGGGCAUGAACGGAAAUGCUCGGAAGGGUCUUCGAGACAAGCUGCGGCUCCAGAGCACACGUGUGACGGAGCCUCACAAGCCUUUGCGUUCUCAACCUGUGCUUGGUAAUGCACCUUCUCCGCUGUACCCGUGCGAUCAGGACGUAGCGGUUCGGCCGUCAUUGCACAGGAAUGGACAGCAAGAGUUGAGUGCCCGUCGCAUCACCAGUCCUGAGGAGAUCAAACAGGAAGCACUCCGACGACUGCAGCUCCGAAGGCAACGAAGCACCCCUAACUUGGCACUAAACUCUAGACAGGAGUCUAGUACCAUGAGUAAAGCUCAUACGGCAGAUCCCAUCUGCACUAACUCUGCCCAGUCAACCCCUGAGAGGAAAAGACCCCCGAUGGGCCGCCUGCACAUACCUACAUUUGAGGAGUUUAAGAGAAUGAGACAAAAGGAGGGCAUUAAAUACCACAGGUCCUCUGAAAUGGAGAGUAACGACAAGCACAGAGAGGAAAGAAUACAGACAGAGGAAACGCAAAGUGCUGGAAGGAGUGAUAUUGACAUCAACACAGCUCAGGAUUCAAACCACAGCGGAGUGGAGAUGUCUGAGCCCAGUUCCACCGCAGAGGUCCCAGGAGGACCCAUCUGCACAGGCCCAGUGGCUCGCUCUCCAUUACACCCUCAAGCUGCUACAGGAAGAGGCGAGGAGACAAAGGGCCCAGCAGGCCCUGGGGCCACAGAUGUAGCUGUUCUCCCCUUCCCACCCCGCAGGGAAAGUGGCGAUAGCCCAUCCAGCUGCUGCCCGGCAAUCCUUCUGGACGGAACAGACCUUUCCAGCUAUGGAGCCAAAAUCUACAAAAUGAGGGAUGGCUUCCUGGGAUCCGCCCUGGACCUUAUUAAAAAAAGCUGCAGUGCAGAGAUUGCAGCCGAAACUUCCCUCCGAUUGUCGCGUGAGCAGAAUGACGUCACUGACAUCACCGCUCCCCAGCCCAGCCAUCAGUCUGCCCACGUUGCCAUGACAACGUCGGCCUGCGGAGAGGAGGCUUGCACCGAGCCCGUGGGACAACCGGGGAAAGCGGCGACAGAAUGCCAGGUUUCUGGGGCGGGCUGCAGACGCUCCAGCUUGGACGCGGCCUAUGAGCUGGCUGAGUCAGUGAGGGCCCAGCGUGAGUGCCGCCUGCGGCCCCACUACAGCGACCCCAUGCCUGCAGACGCCACCAAGCGUAAGCAGCUGGAGAUGAAGAUUGCUGCUGCGGCACGUUUGCACAUUCACCGCAGAGACAGAGAAAGUGUGCCAGGCACAGCCAGGGGCCGCUCGGAGCCCAGAGGUGAGGAGAGGAGCAGGGGCCUGGGUGUGAGGCGCUCAGCACAGCACCGCUGGAGUACCGUCAGCAGCCUGAGCGCAGACAGCGGUGUUGUAGGCUUGAGCGAUGAGCGUGAAGAUGAGGAAGAGCCCCGUCGCACACGCCACAGUGCCGGAGCCGAGGUAGAACGUGUGGACAGCGGCAUCGGCCCUGGAUUGGCUCGGGGCUGGAGGAGACCCAUGCCAUCCCUCAGGGCCUGGGACGCUCAGCAGCCCUGUCCUGACUGUGGACACAAAGAGGGGGCCCGCGAGGAAGGCAUGUGUGAACGCUGCUCCAAGCUACGUACAGAGCGCAAAGAGGCCAUCCUAGAGUUUCUCAACACUGAGUCGAGUUAUGGAGAGGACCUGCGCAUCAUCAAGGAAGAGUUUUACUGCCCCAUGCAGAGUGCAGGGCUGCUCACAGCAGAGCAGCUGACCGUGGUCUUCAGCAAUGUCCAAGAGCUCAUUGAUGUCAAUGACAGGUUCACAGAGCACCUGCAGGACAGCAUUGAUCAGGCUUUUGAUCAGGGCGAUGAGGACCUGCAGACUGUGUGCAUCGGAGAAAUCUUCUUGGAGUUUGUCAACAUGCUUCCAGCGUUUCAGACCUACUGCCUGCAGCAGUCCACAUCUGUGAACAUGCUCAACACACUGGAGAAAGAAAAAGAGCUUCUUAGGAUAUUCCUCGACGUGUCCCAGAAUGACAACACAGCACUCAGGCGCAUGAACCUGCGCUCCUUCCUCAUGGCGCCGCUUCAGCGUGUGACCAAGUACCCAUUACUGCUAAGCCGCAUCAGCAAGGUCACCAACGAAUGUCACCCAGACUACUCCCGCUUAAAAGAGGCCAAGAGCCGCGUGGAGUCCCAUCUAGAGCACAUCAACAUGAAGACCAAACAGGAGGGGACCGCCACAUGGUCCUUGCGCUCUUUCCGGCGCGACAGUCGCAAGAACCGAGAAGUCAUUAACAUUGAGAUAAGAGAGCUGUCGAUGAAGACGGUGGGCUGGACGAGAGAGAGCACGCGCUUCAUCAUGGAGGGGCCACUCCAAUUGGCGCAGCCCGCCGAUGGCCAGUGGCUUAAGAAGGGGAGCAAAUCCCUCAAAUUCCAGAAUGUUCAGAGUUUACUCAUGGUACGCACCCUGCGCAGUGCAGACACGGUGACUGAAGGGAGUCCGGAGAUCUCGGAGACGGUGCAGGAUGGUGUACUAGUGCUCAUCAAGGACAAGAGCAGCGGGAAGUUCACUGUGUUACGGGAGCCAAUCCAUCUGGCGAACUGCGUGGUGUCCGCCGACGCCGACUGUGAAGACACCUUCGAGGUGCUGGACAUCCGACGCGAGGCCUUAGUUUUCCGUGCCUCCGACAAACCUCGCACUCAGCAGUGGUUUCGUCAGAUCAAGAGAUACGCUUGUGAUUUGGGAUCCUGGAGAAAGAGACGCAACGCUCUCCCUAAUAUCAUGAUUAACACGACCCAGAGCCGGUCCUGAGACUGAGACCUUAGCAACACAUCCCUCAUCCCUUCCUUGCAGAACUCUGAUGUAAAUAAUAAUAAUAAUAAAAAAAAAACAAUAUUUUGUUGAGCGAACAGUAUUUGUGUGGAGGAACCGUAUCUAAGUAGUUGUUUCUCCACCAGUGGACUUUUAAAUUGCAAGGUUUUACUGUGAUUUGACUGAAUAUUAAUAUAGACUGCAAGAGGGCACUUUGUAUGAGUGGAAAGCAAGAAAAUGACUUUUGGGAAGAGGAAAAAUCCACUGUCAAGCAAAAAGUAAUGCCCUUUGGCAUACCAAAAUGAGGGCCUUGUUAGGCGCCUCACUGCUGCACUUGUAAAACACUGAUUGUACAACCAGUUUUCUACGGAGAAGAAAAGUGGCAUUUGUGAUAAGAAUGAGGGAACAUGUUUGUGAUUGGAUGGACUUUAUGUGGACUUUUUAGUAUGCACAACAGAGUGGAAACCUGUGUUUUGUGUGAAGACUGAGGUAAAGCUGUUUUGUUUUCGGAUCAUUGUAAUUCCCUCUUCCUCUCUCUCUCUCUUCCGUUAGCAUCUAUUCCCACUGCCAUUCAGGAGCAGUUCUCAUUUUUGUAUCACUGUGCUGGUUUACAAAACAGCAAUAAUCUUUAUUGUAUUAUGUAGCAGCAGUCGAGCUGUUUUUAUUCACAGGUAGCCAUAUUCUUGUGAUCGGUGAUGUAACCAAUAUUUUUGGGUAUGUUUUCUCCACAGUCUAAUGAGGGUGUAGCAUCAAGUAUUAUCAUUGCCACAUUAAUGGUUGUGCUGAAACCAUCUGUGGCUAUACACACUUCAAACAGAAAAAUGUUAAUUAGAUGUUUCCCCCCAAAAUUAUGUAGCUUAUAAUUACUUUUUUUUUGUGAUCUCUGAGGGGGAGAAAAUAUGUGCCUUUGUUUCUUUGAUACUGAAUGAGUCCUUAGUACUAUUUUGGUCAAGUUUUUCCUCUACUUUUACCCACGAAUCAGGCCUUAUGUCAAAUUGAGAAACGGAUGUAUCAUUUUUCAGUAGCUGCUAUUAUAUUCUGACUUCCCAUUGAUAUACAGACUGUGCUUUAUGACAACUCAUUAAAUGUUAACUGUUUUUGUUUGAUGCACUUUAAUAUGAAGGUCCUAAAACUGGAGCGACGUUGUUCUGCAGUUUACAGAGCUUUACUGUACUUUGUUUUAAAGCUUGUUUUAGCUUUAAGAGAAAAAGAA